AUGGCCAACUACAACCCCUCCUACCGCCCCGGCACCACCAACGCCCAGCCGCCAUUCAUGGCCCCACCUCAAGCUUACUCGGCGCCCCACCCCGUCAACCAAACCCCACAACAACAACAACAGCAGCAACAGCAACUCUCCCGCUACUACCAAGACGGCGGUGCAGCCGCCACCAACAACAACCAGAGCCUCGCUCCGUGGACGGCUCCGCCAGCAGCGCCGCACCGCGGCGACUCGUACCGGUCGGUGCGGUCGCAGCGGUCGCAGCGCUCGCAUCGAUCGCGGCGGUCGGUCGACGAGGAGCACGAGAGGAAGCAUCAUCAUCGCGAGAAGAGGCCGACGAUGGGCGACUCGCUGUUCGCGUUUUGGGGCGUCAUGUGGGAUGCGGUGAGGUCGCCGUCUGGGAAGCGUUGA